CAUUCCAUCUCAGUGUCUGCCUCAGCCACCCUCUCUCUCUCUCUCUACAAACCCAAACCAAAAGCAGACCAUAAAAACACACACAAUUUCUCUCUCUCUCUCUCUCUCAACCCAACAAGCACAAAAUACACAAGUUUACGACCAAUCAAGAGCCACCAUUCUCUACUCUUACUAGCGCAGGCUUUUUUAUUUCCUUUGUUUAAUUUACUAAAAUAGAGAAACCAUGCCUUCCACUGCUGCAGCAACAACAGGCACAUGGGUUAAGCCUGUAACUACUAGAAGACACCACCUUUCUUCUACAAACUCUUCAAAUUUAGCUACAAACCAAUUGGGUUUUCCCCCCUCUUCCUCCUCCAGCUCAAUUUUCUUCAGCAGAAAACCCAUUCACAGAAAAUCAACCCCAAACACACUCACUUGCUCUCUCCAAGCCCCCUCUCUUCUCCAAAUCCCCAAACACACCCCUUCCUAUCAGCCGCCUUCCUCAUCUUCAUCAACCACCCUUUUCACUCCCUCCACAACCUCAAACCCAAAAGAAAACAAGACCCAACCUUCUUCUAAAUCCUCAAAGCCAGUGCCCCAGCAAUGGAACUUCCUACAGAGAGCAGCAGCCAUGGCCUUGGACGCAAUGGAGAGCGCUCUGCUAUCAAAAGAGCAGCAACACCCACUUCCCAAAACUGCUGACCCAAAAGUCCAAAUCGCCGGAAACUUCGCUCCAGUACCGGAGCACCAGGUUGAACACUCUCUGCCAGUCACCGGAAAAAUCCCGGCCUCAAUCCAAGGCGUCUACGUCCGCAACGGUGCCAACCCACUUCACGAGCCGGUCGCCGGCCACCACUUCUUCGACGGCGACGGCAUGGUCCACGCCCUGCAAUUCAUAGAAGGGGCCGCCAGCUACGCCUGCAGGUUCACCGAAACGCACCGUUUUAGGCAGGAGCGCGACCUCGGGCGUCCCCUGUUCCCAAAAGCCAUUGGCGAGCUCCACGGCCAUUCCGGCAUCGCCCGCCUCCUCCUCUUCUACGCGCGCGGCAUGUUCAGCCUCGUGGAUCCCACCCACGGCAUCGGCGUCGCCAACGCCGGCCUCGUCUACUUCAACUGUCGCCUGCUCGCCAUGUCGGAAGACGACUUGCCGUAUCACAUUAAAAUCACCGAAACAGGGGACCUCAAAACGGUCGGUCGUUACGACUUCGAUAAACAGCUCAAGUCCACGAUGAUAGCCCACCCGAAAGUGGACCCCACCACUGGCGAGCUCUUCGCGCUCAGCUACGACGUCGUUCAGAGGCCUUACUUGAAGUACUUCAAGUUCUCGCCGGACGGCGAGAAAUCCCCCGACGUCGAAAUCAAUCUUGACCAGCCCACCAUGAUGCACGACUUCGCUAUCACAGAACGGUAUGUCGUAAUUCCGGACCAGCAGGUGGUGUUCAAGCUGCAGGAGAUGAUCACCGGUGGGUCCCCUGUGAUCUACGACAAGAACAAGAUGUCACGUUUUGGGAUUCUCGACAAGAAUGCGAAGGACGCUUCGGGGAUCCGGUGGGUCGACUGCCCCGAUUGCUUCUGCUUCCAUCUCUGGAACGCGUGGGAGGAGCCGGAGACGGACGAAGUCGUUGUGAUCGGGUCCUGCAUGACCCCGGCCGACUCCAUUUUCAACGAAUGCGACGAGAAAUUGGAGAGCGUUCUGUCCGAAAUCCGGCUCAAUUUGAAAACCGGCAAGUCGACACGGCGCCGUAUUUGCACCGAGAAUGUGAAUUUGGAAGCCGGGAUGGUGAACCGGAACAAACUGGGGAGAAAAACCCGGUUCGCGUACUUGGCUCUGGCCGAGCCGUGGCCCAAAGUUUCGGGCUUUGCCAAAGUGGACCUCUCUACUGGUGAAGUAAAGAAGCAUAUCUAUGGCGACGAGAAAUACGGAGGCGAGCCUCUGUUUCUGCCCAGAGACCCAAAUUCGGAGAAUGAGGACGAUGGGUACAUUCUGGCCUUCGUUCACGACGAGAAGGAGUGGAAAUCGGAGCUGCAAAUCGUGAACGCCAUGGAUUUGAAAGUUGAAGCUACAAUUCAAUUACCGUCCAGAGUUCCGUACGGUUUUCACGGCACGUUCAUAAGUUCCAAGGACUUGGAGAAGCAGGCCUGAAAUUUCUACUGCCAUAUUAUCCGUUUGCAGUUGAAAAUGUUCAGAGAAAAUUACAGAGGACAAUUACCUGUGGGAAGCUAUCUUAUACGCCCCCGGAGUCUCCUCUGUUUUUUUUUUAAUUUUUUAAUUUUACUGUACGUAAUUUUGGGUGUAUUUAGAGAUUUUAGGGUGAGAGGUUUUGGGGGGGGACCAGCUUGUAGCUUUGUGGGAGUAGCUGUAGGAUUGGAGCUCAGCUGGUUUUUCUCCUUAUUCUUUCACUUCUAUAUGUCGUAUAUAAUAUGACUAUACAACAGAGUGUAUAUCUAUCUGUAUAUAUCUCUGUUUAUUGUGUAAUUAAAACCUGUCUCUGUUUU